CGCCCGCCCUCGGCGACACAGCGCCGCCGUCGACGGCGCCGCCGCCCACCAGCCGCCCGGCCGCCGCGCGCUCGCCCGCGCCUUACCGCCCAGCCUUAGCGUCACCAGUCACUGCUCUACGCCAGCAACCGGUAGCGCCGCCGCCCAGCGCGCAUCUGCCCGCAGCUGCCAACCGCCCGCCGCCCGUCACGCCUGGCACUUGCCAAAGCAGCGCACGAGGCUUUUCGCCCAGUCGCGACCAUAUGUCAGCGCCGCGGACCUUAGCGCCGCUACGCCCAGCAUGCGCCAGCUUCACUGCCGCCUUCGCAACAAGCGCCCGCCCAGCGCGCCCUCGCCUCGACCGGCCGCCCGCCGCCUGUAGCGACCAGCCGCAGCCGCGCGCCGCCCGCGUCGGCCGACGCCGCUACGGCCUUAGCGUCAAUGUGCCGCUGGGCCCGCACGCUGGCGCCCGGGCUGCCUCGCGGCUCACAAGCGCCCGCGUCAGCCUUCGCGCCCGCCCUGCGCCACUAGCCAUUACUGCGCUCGCCCUCGGCCCUCGCAGCGCCCGUGUUGCCGUUAGCGGCGCCGCCGCGCCCCUCGACCAGCAGUGUGUUUUUCCAUAG